GAUAAAGAAAGAUUGCUAAGUACUAGCACCACUGAUCCAGAUAAAACUACACAAAAAGAUGUCUAUGUUGGUUCAGGCACAUCCCAGAUGUAUAAGCACAGCGAGAUUCAAAUGAACGCACAAUCUUCGAACCAAACACCUUUUUCUGUUAUUGAGAGAAGAGGUGCACAAGACAUACGAACAGAGAAUUACACGUAUAAACCCUCAAAAAGAAAUUCUCAGUUUAGUUUUCCUGAAUAUAGGAUGGACAGAAUACCAAGAGGAUAUUGUGUUAUCAUAAACAAUAGACAUUUUUAUAAAGAAAAUGGGGACCAUUCAUGGCCAAUGCCGGAUCGGAAUGGAACAGAAAAGGAUGCAGAAUAUUUGAGAUACACAUUCAGCAGACUUCAUUUUAUUGUUCGUCAACAAGACAACCUGAGUGACACUGAAAUGAUGAAGUUUCUUUGCAACAUUGGUCAAGAUGAUGAUAAUGAACGAUAUGAUUGUUUCGUUUGUGUAAUUUUGACGCAUGGCGUUUUGAAUCAUAUAUAUGGUUCAAAUGGGAAAUUAGUGGCAAUAAAAGAUGUAACUGCUAUUUUCCAACCUAGUCGAUGUAAGGGAUUACUUGGAAAACCGAAAAUAUUUUUCAUACAAGCAUGCCAAGGCAGAGAGAAAAUGACAGGGGCUGUAGAGUGUAGAGAUGAUGAAGCAGAGCUAGAGACUGACACUGUUGUCUCCAAUAGAACUGAUGCUACAAGAUGUGUACAGUCCUUAUUCGCCGAUGAAUUUGUUAAAUCUGAUUAUGCAGAGAGCUCACUUACAAGAACAAGUAUCACAUCUGAUAUUACAAAGAACCACAUUACAAGCACAGAUAUCCAAUGUGAUGGAGACAGGAACUCUGAUAUCAGCAUAGAUUCAGGGCAUAGAGAAAAUAUACCAGAUGAAGCUGAUUUUCUGAUAGGAUAUGCAACUGUAUCUGGAUAUGUUUCGUUUAGAUCAAGAAAUCACGGAUCUUGGUAUAUCAGGAAAUUGUGUGAAAUUUUGGAUAGUCAUGCAGACAGAUGUGACCUGUUGUCCAUUUUGACAGAAGUGAAUCGCCAAGUUGCUACAGCAAAUGCACCUAUGGAUGGGAGUUUGUAUAAACAGGUCCCUGCUCCAUAUUCGACUCUCCGAAAACUUGUUUUCUUUCGGUUUCAAGAAUGCUGAACGUGCACCGCACCUCAGUAAUACGUCUGCUAUGUAAAUACAGAACGACCGGCUCUAUCACUCUGGCCUGCCGCGCCAACCCAGAGGACACAUUCUGAAUAUACAACUUCAAGGCAGACGAGCUACCGAUACAUCAAGGAUAACUGUUGGAACGCAUGAUCGCCCUAUCAUACGGUGUUCCGUUUGGACAAUCGUGACAUUUUAUUUAAUACUUAACCGCGAU